AUGCUAAAUACUCUGCAUGGCAUAGACGCACUGGCAGAGAAGACAGCACAAAACAUUGCACAAAAAAAGGAUGCUCGCAUAUAUGGGACGAAUCAAACGAUCUUUAAACGGGACGGGGUGCGUGGGAAGUCGCCAGAUUCAACAGAGUAUCACCCCUCUGAGAAAACACCCUCUACUCUAGUGGGUGUGCCGUGUUGUCCCAGGGGUGUGGAGGAAGGCAGUUUGUACGGGCCUCUGAGUCAUCAACCGUCUCGAGUUGGGGACUCAUGUCACAAUUCAUGCAAUCAAAUUUACAGGUGUAAGGGCUGCAUCUACUGCUGUGCCCUAGAAGGUGUCAAUAAGAGCGCUGGCGAGGACGGUGAUGACGAAAGUCUACCUUUGCCAAAGAGUUGCAACCAGGGUAGAUUCGUACCUCUUACCUGUGGGGCCCCUGUAAUGGGCUUACCUUCUCAGGGGAGGUCGGGUAGGGCAAGAACUGCAUCGCCUCGGCGGUCUUGCGUUAACAUUUGCACAAGUUACUAUCGGAGGGGAAGCUCGAAGCGACAGCGGUAUCGACAAGGAUGUUCACUAACGAGUUCACGGUUUGCAAAGAUCCUAAAGAGCCGAGAAGAGGCUACAUUAUCGUUUUCUUCAUCUUGCCCUGACCAGCACCUACGCCGAGCUGAGACCUUUUGGAUCUCAACCAAGAAACCAAACUAUGUCGAAGGCUGUAAAGUAGGUGAAAAUUUCUUUUUAAAGCCCUCUGUUAUAAAGACUGAUGAAGUUGAGGAGCGAUAUGAGGAGAAACACUCGAGCAGUCAAACAAUCGACUUCGACAGUAAGGGUUGCCUUCAUACCUUGUCUCGCAUGCCAUCACCUGAAAAAUUAACUAGCGGCAAUUCUAUGGAAGGUACCCGCGGUAUGAAUACAGAAAGGAGCUCAUACGUAGAUGCAAUCAAAUCAGAGGAUCUGAAUGACAAGGAAAGGGACGAUUUUUGUUCACCCGAUCCUCUUCCCACGGCGAAUACACCUAUUGAGGGAGUCAAAGACCCAGCUGAUGCUUGGGGCUUCAACUUUUCAGUGCCCCAGGAUGGUUUAGCAAGCUCGGUAAGGGGCUUCAUAAGUGGAUUUUGGCCGUCUGCUGUACCCUUUCGCUUGGUAUCAAAUUCUUUAUCUGCUGCGUCCUCUCGCUUAGUGUUAGCAUCUAUGUCCGCUGCAUCCUUUGUUAGUUCACCGACUUCGUUCUUAGAUAUCCAGACUAUUAUUCGCUUCUAUCUUGAUACGUCAGGAAGGAAUUCACGAAACGAUCCCAACGUGGUGAAAAUCCUCGAGAGCGUUUUUCAACUGCUCGUUUUUUUCCAAGCGAAUCACCCGAUCUUGAAGGGCCGCAUUUUCAACUUGCUGUACUUGGGUGAGGUAGGUCGUCGGCAUCAGCAACAGUAUGAACUUUAUACACAAGAUUUACAUGAGGCUUCAAUUCUCAGCUCAUGUCAGCUGUUUGCAUAUGGAUGUGAUGAAUUGGUGUCAGAUAAGGAUAACGAAGAAAAACACGAUGUCGGGAAGGAGGCUUUCAAUAAUGAUCGAGGUUUGACAACGCUUGGCUUGCCAGCAGCUGAAGAUGCAUCGGUGUCACCUACGAUGAACGAUAAUAACCAGAGAGUGCCGCUGUUUGAGGCCUUACCCUGGAAGAAAGGUGCUCCCCCCAAGGUUUAUCAUUCCGCUAUUCAGCAGAUACACGAUAUCCUUCGCUUUGCAAUUGCUGUGUAUGGUGCACCGUAUCACACUGGUUCUCUUUCCUCAUUGUUUGGGGUGGCGAUGAUAUUCACGAUUCAUAAGGAGAAGGUAGAAAGCUUACCUAAGGCGGUCAACGACUGUGCAGUAACAGAUAUACUCUCUCUUCCAUCCUCCGCGCUCAAGUUGUCGCGCUGGAGCUCCCGCGCUACAGAAAUAAGCUACGUAGUGCUUGUAGAGCACCUCAGACGCCGCAUCGUGGUGAGCUUUCGCGGAACGAUGACUGAUGGUGAUAUUUUGACUGAUAUUUGUGCCCUUGGGGAAUCGUUCUGUGGAGGUUUGGCGCAUCAAGGUGUGGCGCGUGCAGUAAAUGCAAUAUUCAAUCAGCGCACAAGCACUCGAUGUACGAGGAAGACUAUGUUGCCGUUAGAGCAUGAGGUCAAAGCCCAUCGACCAUCUUAUGGAAAAAUUAAAGGGGAAACGUGCAUUAGGGAUUCACCUGAUGGAGAUAUUGAUUCGACGUUUUUACAUAUCAACGAUAAUUCCGAUAGUUCAAUGGCCAACAACAAUGGCACAAAGCAUGGGCCCAGUCUGCCACAACUUGAGGAAUCCGACACUACCGAUGAUCUUCUUGACACCCUCGAGAGGCUGGUGUGUACAUUUCCGUCGUACAAAAUCAUCAUUACGGGACACUCCCUUGGUGGAGGGGUCGCCGUCCUCUUUGCUAUUCGGCUGUCUUACGAGAAAUUCUUUCCACCCGACGUUCUGCGUCGUAUACACGUAAUUAGUUUUGCGCCCAUGCCGACGCUAACACUACCCGCAGCGGCGUUAUUUGAUGAGGGCCAGGAAUACUACGCAUUUCCUAUAUGGAACAUUGUGAAUGGCUGUGACAUUGUGCCACGCCUGCAGGUUAACAGCCUUCACCGCCUCCUAGGCGAUAUCUGUAAGGUAGGCGAAGACUCGGCAGGGGGUCUUGGUCCUCCUACUGACUCAAUAAUGCCAGGAAUAAGGGAAGGAGCAUCUAGUGAUGUGCCCGACACCGAGCGUGCUGAGGGCUACCCAACGCACGAGCUUUACCAUCCUGGAAAGGUGUUUUUAAUGACCUCGCCCUGGGAUCCCAGUAAGAGUCGCUUUGUUGAGGUUCCUCGUGGGCACAAAAGCAUGCAUGAGAUUUUUUUAAUGAAGUCUAUGUUGAACACGCAUAUGCUUGACAAUUAUAUGGAAGGGUUGGUAAAUCUAAGGCCCUCGAGUCGAUCUAGUACGAAGUAG